AUGACCGGAAACACGUAGGACACAAAAACAACAACACACGGGCCUAUGUCUAACUAGCUACACGAAAUCGAAGUGAAAUUGCAUAGAUCAUCUAACAAUAGCAACAUUUUAUGUUACUUUACUCAACUUUUUAAAGAAACUAAACACUGGUAAGACAGCGUAAGGAGUAUGUUCAGUUUUUUCGGACAUCGUAAUAAAGACUCUUCAAAGAAGUCAUCGUCAGAGGGGGAUACAGAUGGGUUCGUGAUAAUCGGAGAAACUGUUGAGGAACAGAGGCAGAAGAUCCAAAACAUCAGCAAAUCAUCAUGUAACGUCAUUCUGCAACCAUCAAAGUCUUCCAGUGCAACACCUUCCCAGGCCCACCACUCUCCAGCCUCCGCUCCACCUUCCGUGAUCUCCCCAUCACCAGGGCCCAUGUGGAAGCCCCCUGCGCCCAUAGGGGAGGCCCCACUGUCUCUCCCAGAGCUACUAGGAGAUGUCCCGUUCACCCUGGCCCCCCAUGUCCUGGCCAUGCAGACAGGGGGUCCCGGGUUCCUCUUUUCUGAGAUGCUGAUGUCCCCCCGAGACAUCAACCACAACCUGGCCUCCUUCACUUACGACUUCACCCUGGAGAACUCUGUGCUCUGUGACCAUUGACCUGUCUACUUUCUGACUGUAUGACCUCUGACCUUUUUGAGCUGUCAUCCUCCUCCAAUAUCAACCCUUUGUCAACCCUGGGUCGUGUUCAUUGGGCAGCAAACAGAAGAAAACGUACUGAAACAGGGCGGGACAACCUGGGCUUGCCUAAUAAGAAAGGCACAUUUUUGUUUUUAGAGUUUAGCUACAUGUGCUCUACUGAACACAACCUUGGACUGUCUUGUCUCGUUACCAUUCAGGUUUAGUUUCAGUUCCAUGGGGCUCUGUCUGAGAAUGGCUUUACUAUAAUUAAUAAUAAACUUGGUUCUGGUGAUGAUCAGCAUUAGGUGGGGUCAAAACUGCUCCUGCCUGCAGUGAUGUGGGUACACACAGUAUGUAGGUAGAUGGGUACACAGAGUUCCACCUUUUUAAGAUAGCAGAUUAUGAAUACUAGUUAAGCAUGUUAAUCACUUGCUGAUGCAUGUCAUAGUAGUGCUGGUUCACUGUUUUAAGUGUGUGUGUGUCAGAGCGUUAGCUUCAUGUCUGAUGAUAGGAAUGCUUGAACAUAGCUGAGGCUUGCGUUGAAGAACAGAGUCAGGGUCUAGAUUCACCUACUGCUGUUGUUGGUUUAGGAAUCACUGAUUGAGCUUUUGGGUUUGCACUAAUGUACGUACCAGACAGAUUUCAAAUGGAAUCUUAGGAAGGAAAUGACUUCUUUAUCUGGUUACGGUUUUUACCCUGGUGUCCUUACCUUUGCCAAUGACGUUAAGAAUACUUUAACAAGACAUUUCCAAAUUGUUUUGUAGCAUAAGCAUUUCUACAAUGGAAUUUUGUAGCUUUUUGAUAAUGUAUUUAAAAUGUAAGAAUAUAUAUACCCCCUAAUUUACAACAGUUAUUUUCAGGAGAGUGGCCUUCUCUUUUGGUCAUCUUCAGCAUGGUGUCAUCAUGUGUUGUAACCUCCCAAACAUUGUAUUUGUUAUUUAUUCUGAACCAGGUUUCCUCUAGUUCUCAUGGCACAGUUCAGAUUUGACAGUGUUUCAAGGUAUCCUGUAAUAUACAGUGCCUUCGGAAAGCAUUCAGCCGUCCUUGAUUUUCCCCCCCACAUUUUGUUACGUUACAGCCUUAUUCUAAAAUGGAUUAAAUAAAACAUUUUUUUCUCCGCAAUCUACACACAAUAACCCAUAAUGACAAAUUGAAAACAGUUUUUUUUUGUUGAUUAUUUUUGCAAAUGUAUUACAAAAAAUAUACGUAUUUACAUAAUUCAGGCCUUUUGCUAUGAGACUUGAUAUUGAGCUCCGGUGCAUCCUGUUUCCAUUAAUCAUCCUUAGACGUUUCUACAACUUGAUUGAAGUCCACCUGUGGUAAAUUUAGUUGAUUUAGAGAUGAUUUGGAAAGGCACACACCUGUCUAUAUAAGGUCCUACAGUUGACAGUUCAUGUCAGAGCAAAAACCCAGCCAUGAGGUCAAAGGAAUUGUCCAUAGAGCUCCGAGGCAGGAUUGUGUCGAGGCACAGAUCUGAGGAAGGGUACAAAAUAAUUUCUGCAGCAUUGAAGGACCCAAGAACACAGUGGCCUCCAUCAUUUUUAUAUGGUAGAAGUUUGAUACCACCAAGACUCUUCCUAGAGCUGGCUGCACGGCCAAACUGCGCAAUUGAGGGAGAAGGGCCUUGGUUGGGGACGUGACCAAGAACCCGGUGAUCACUCUGACAGAGCUCCAGAGUUCCUCUGUGAAGAUGGGUGAACCUUCCAGAAGGACAACCAUCUCUGCAGCACUCCAGCACUCAGGCCUUUAUGGUAGUGGCCAGAUGGACGCCACUCCUCAUUAAAAGGCACAUGACAGUCCGCCUGGAGUUUGCCAAAAGAUACCUAAAGACUCUCAGACCAUGAGAAACAAGGUUCUCUGGUCUGAUGAAACUAAGAUUGAACUCUCUGGCCUGAAUGCCAAGCGUCACAUCUGGAGGAAACCAGGCACCAUCCCUACGGUGAAGCAUGGUGGUGGCAUCAUCAUGCUGUGGGGAUGUUUUUCUGUGGCAGGGACUGGGAGACUAGUCAGGAUCGGGGGGCAAAGACGAACGAAGAAAAGUACAGAGCGAUCCAUGAUGAAAACCUGCUCCAGAGCACUCAGGACCUCAGACUGGGACGAAGGUUCACCUUUCAACAGGACAACGACCCUAAUCACACAGCCAAGACAACGCAGGAGUGGCUUUUAGGGACCAGUCUCUAAAUGUCCUUGAGUGGACCAGCCAGAUCCCGGACUUGAACCCGAUCGAACAUCUCUGGAGAGACCUGAAAAUAGCUGUGCAGCGACGCUCCCCAUCCAACCUGACAGAGCUUGAGACAAUCUGCAGAGCGGCAUGAGAGAAACUCCCCAAAUACAGGUGUGCCAAGCUUGUAGUGUCAUAUCCAAGAAGACUUGAGGCUGUAAUCGCUGCCAAAGGUUCUUCAACAAAGUGCUGAGUAAAGAGUCUGAAUUUUGCAAAAAUACAUAAAAACCUGUUUUUGCUUUGUGAGUUGUGUGUAGAUAAGGAUUUCAAAAAAAUAUAUUUUAGAAUAAGGUCACAAAAAAAGGUGGAAAAAGUCAAGGGGUCUGAAUACUUUCUGAAUUCACUGUAUUUAUAUACUGCAUUGCACACUGGUAAGCAAAUGAUCUUGUGAACAAUUACACAUUCAGUUAACUCUCAAUCAAAACUUUUGGACUGCUGUACAAAUGGCCAAGAGAAGCCACAUUAUGUUGCAUAAUAAACUGUUUAUUUUAUGAAGUUAACUAAUUAUGAGUAGUUGACUCACAAGACAACCACUCAAGAAUCUGAAAAGAUGGCUCAUAAGUUGCACUGGUAUUUUCAGUGGAAUGUUGUGGUAUUCCACAUCAUGUGAAAUCAUCCACAGAUGCUGCGUUUGUACAGGCAGUUCAAUUAUUUUUUUUAAAUUUGAUUUUACUAAUCAGAUCACCUCUUGACAAUAAUUGGGCAAAAAAAAUCGGAAUUUGGCUGCCUGUGUAAAGUUACUUUGUACUGUAUACAUUAGGAAAGGUUUGGUAUUGACCCUCUCUGGACAAUCCUUUGCUAUGCAUAGCUGCAAACCAAGUGUAUUCUGUCUGUCUGUGUUAAACGGCACUGUGGAUUUUCCCAGGCCUCUUCCUCUCUUUGUCAUUCAAUCACUGACCUAACCUUGCAUGUUGAUUUUGUUUCACAGGCAUGGAAAUACACUGCUCAAAAAAAUAAAGGGAACACUAAAAUAACACAUCCUAGAUCUGAAUGAAUGAAAUAUUCUUAUUAAAUACUUUUUACAUAGUUGAAUGUGCUGACAACAAAAUCACAAGAAUUAUCAAUGGAAAUCAAAUUUAUCAACCCAUGGAGGUCUGGAUUUGGAGUCACACUCAAAAUUAAAGUGGAAAACCACACUACAGGCUGAUCUAACUUUGAUGUAAUGUCCUUAAAACAAGUCAAAAUGAGGCUCAGUAGUGUGUGUGGCCUCCACGUGCCUGUAUGACCUCCCUACAACGCCUGGGCAUGCUCCUGAUGAGGUGGCGGAUGGUCUCCUGAGAGAUCUCCCAGACCUGGACUAAAGCAUCCGCCAACUCCUGGACAGUCUGUGGUGCAACGUGGCUUUGGUGGAUGGAGCGAGACAAGAUGUCCCAGAUGUGCUCAAUUGGAUUCAGGUCUGGGGAACAGGCAGGCCAGUCCAUAGCAUCAAUGCCUUCCUCUUGCAGGAACUGAUGAUACACUCCAGCCACAUGAGGUCUAGCAUUGUCUUGCAUUAGGAGGAACCCAGGGCCAACCGCACCAGCAUAUGGUCUCACAAGGGGUCAGGAUCUCAUCUCGGUACCCAAUGGCAGUCAGGCUACCUCUGGCGAGCACAUGGAGGGCUGUGCGGCCCCCCAAAGAAAUGCCACCCCACACCAUGACUGACACUCCGCCAAACCGGUCAUGCUGGAGGAUGUUACAGGCAGCAGAACGUUCUCCACGGCGUCUCCAAACUGUCACAUGUGCUCAGUGUGAACCUGCUUUCAUCUGUGAAGAGCACAGGGCGCCAGUGGCGAAUUUGCCAAUCUUGGUGUUCUCUGGCAAAUGCCAAACGUCCUGCACGGUGUUGGGCUGUAAGCAAAACCCCACCUGUGGAUGUCGGGCCCUCAUACCACCCUCAUGGAGUCUGUUUCUGACAGUUUGAGCAGACACAUGCACAUUUGUGGCCUGCUGGAGGUCAUUUUGCAGGGCUCUGGCAGUGCUCCUCCUGGUCCUCCUUUCACAAAGGCGGAGGUAGCGGUCCUGCUGCUGGGUUGUUGCCCUCCUACGGCCUCCUCCACGUCUCCUGAUGUACUGGCCUGUCUCCUGGUAGCGCCUCCAUGCUCUGGACACUACGCUGACAGACACAGCAAACCUUCUUGCCACAUCUCGCAUUGAUGUGCCAUCCUGGAUUAGCUGCACUACCUGAGCCACUUGUGUAGGUUGUAGACUCCGUCUCAUGCUACCACUAGAGUGAAAGCACCGCCAGCAUUCAAAAGUGACCAAAACAUCAGCCAGGAAGCAUAGGAACUGAGAAGUGGUCUGUGGUCACCACCUGCAGAACCACUCCUUUAUUGGGGGUUUCUUGCUAAAUGCCUAUAAUUUCCACCUGUUGUCUAUUCCAUUUGCACAACAGCAUGUGAAAUUUAUUGUCAAUCAGUGUUGCUUCCUAAGUGGACAGUUUGAUUUUACAGAAGUGUGAUUGACUUGGAGUUACAUUGUGUUGUUUAAGUGUUCCCUUUAUUUUUUUGAGCAGUGUAUAUACUUGUUAUCUUUUGUAUUUUGGGUAGAUUUAACUUUGAGUAACUUUAGUUUGUUUUACUUGGAUGUAUUUUGGGGGUUUACUUACAAAGUGGUUCAUGUAUGUGGUUGUGCAUGUUUGCUAUUAACAAUACAUUGUUUUUAAAAU